AUGGUCAAAAGAGAGCACAGUCCUAGUAUCGAUGACCCUCAGCCCGAGGAAGCGAUUCCAUCACUCAACCGGCCGGGCAUUUUGACAGUAAUACUUCACGAAGCGACUGGUCUCUCCGUGCCAGAUGGCUAUAAAGAGAGCUCCAAUGAACAAAAGUAUAGGAGAAAUACACCAUAUGCUCUUCUGGAGUAUGACAAAUUGCAAAACCAGGUAGAAUCCUACGAAGGAACUGCAGAAAGUCCUGUUUGGGUGUCAGAUUUCGCCCCAUGGCGCUAUGAUAAGGUCACUUGGGAACAUCAUGAGCCUAAUUGGAAGUUCGAUGUUUGCCGCCCUACCGAACUGACUAUCUAUAUUUACCUCCGAGAUCCACAUGUUUCUCGUUGUGUGAGAAGCCAGGAUGCCUUCUUAGGUCUGGCACGAAUCGCUGUAGAUCCCUCUCAGGUACCAGAAGAGGCCUCAUCACAGUGGCUGGACCUGCAGGAUGGCACCGGCCAGCUUCGCAUCAGUCUUAAAUACGAGGACAUGAAGAACCAGACCUUAAAAAUAGAUGAUUUCACGGAACAACCUGAUACUAGGAAAGGCUCCUCAGAAUACAGCGCUCAGGUCAUGAAGAAAGAUACGAGGCAAAAAUAUACCAUGAGAAUGACCCCAACAGUUCGACGCCCCAAGAAUGCAAACCAUCCAUUCGUCGCUCCGCUCACGCUGGUUUUCCAAUCACAAGAAGGCUUGCAUCUCUUGUCCCCGACUGUGGGCGGCGGGUAUCUCUUUCAUCGCCUCCAGAGAGAGCGAUUUUUCAGUCUUGAGAGCGCUCGGUUUUAUGCUGCUGAGAUUCUUUGUGCAUUGGAAUAUCUGCACGAUGAUCGCGGUAUUUACUCCUGGUUGAAGCCUCGAAAUGUCCUUCUGGACUCCCUGGGGCAUGUUGUUCUCUGUGGCUCCAGCCUUUACAAUCCCGGCCCUGAUGAUUGCGACCGCAGCAGCUACGAUAUGCCAGAAUAUCCAGCCCCUGAAUUACUCCUUGCCCAAGGUCCGUUUAGGGCAGCGGACUGGUGGACGCUGGGGAUUUUUCUCUACGAGAUGUUAACGGGGCUACCAUUAUUCUUCGACGAAAAUUGUGGAGAGAUACGUCGUAAAAUUCUCAGCUCCGAACCCUUCCCAAUUUCUGAAAGCCUUCCUCCGGCUGCCAGAGAUAUAAUAACAAAACUUCUCGAUCGCGAGCCUGAUCAUCGUCUUGGAGCUAAAGGAGGGGCAUCUGAAGUCAAGGCGCACCCCUUCUUCGCUGACGUCGAUUGGAUUGAGCUCCUCCAGCGGAAGUACAAACCUCCCUUCAAACCA